UUGAAAAAACGAUUUGCGUAGCGAUUGUCGAACAUCACUAGUUUCAACAGGUGAUUCGCAGGUACUCGAUACUGACGUUUACGCUAGUUGUUAUGGAACUGCUGUUGCCGUAGUUAAAUCAUACAAACUAUUUCUUGCGAAUAGAGGGGUUUUUUUCAAUGCCAUUUUUUCGUGCUCAUAUGUGAUUUUCGACCAUUUGCUAUCGCCAUAUACGCGAAGUACAAUACAUGCCAUUGUGUUCUAUCGUACACAAUUAGUUUCGGACUUUGGAACGAGUCAGAAUGCCACGAAUGCAUGGAUUUUACGUGUUUCUAGCUGUAGUUCUGGUUCAGAUACAUGCCCAGAUCAAAUUUCCAGCCAAUAAUCAGAACCGCGAAUGGGAGAACCAUCGCCCACAAGAGAUUUCUCUUGCCGCAUUAGAAAAGUUAUCCAGUCUAUCGCAAACAAACAAUUUAAAUGAUGUUUUGAAGAGGCUGUUAAUAGAACGCGUUGUAGGAACACCCGGCCAUCAAGAGGCUCGAAACUUCAUAGUAGAUUAUAUGCAAAAGCUCAACUGGUCAGUGGAACUAGAUGAUUUUGAGGAUGAAACGCCAAUAUUCGGAAAGCUGAAAUUUUCCAACAUCAUUGCCACACUCAACCCAAAAGCGGAACGGUUCCUUGUGCUAGCUUGCCAUUACGACAGUAAAUACUUCAAAGAUCAGGUGUUUAUUGGAGCGACCGACUCAGCAGUUCCUUGCGCAAUGAUGUUGGAUUUGGCCAAUUCCAUGAAACCGUGGCUCGACAGUGCAAAAUCGAACAACAAAUUGAGUUUACAGUUAGUUUUCUUCGACGGUGAAGAAGCCUUCAAACAGUGGGGUCCAACCGACUCGAUCUACGGUGCUCGACACUUAGCAUCUCGCUGGGAAUCUGAAGAUAAACUGAAACGCAUUGAUAUGUUGGUAUUGUUAGAUUUACUAGGAGCGCCGGAUCCAAACUUUUACAGCUACUUCAAAAAUACCGAAAGCUGGUACGCUCAUCUCCUUUCCGUAGAAGAACGAUUAGACCAAUCGGGACAUUUGGAACACUACAGUUAUAGCAGUGUGGUCCCGAAUCAGCCGCAAGCAGUUCGCUAUUUUCAACCACGGUCUUAUUACGCUUACAUCGAAGACGACCAUAUUCCAUUCCUACAGCGAAAGGUGCCCAUCCUGCAUAUUAUUCCUACGCCUUUUCCAGAUGUGUGGCACAAGCUUGCGGAUGACGGCACUGCCGUUGAUAUCAGUACCGUGCAGAACCUAAUCAAGGUUUUCCGCAUAUUCGUUGCCGAAUAUUUACAUCUGAACCUGUGACAAAAGGAGAGCGACCAAAGUUCGGUCGACGAUAGAGAAGAGUUGUAAAGGCAGUGGUUUUUUUUAUUGGUUGGUGAAGGCCCAUUUGUAUUUUAAUCUUUUACUGUAAAUAAUUUACCGUUAGUUAACAAAUUGCAUCGCAGAUGUCACGAGGGCUGUACAAAUGUACAUUACAUUUUUUUAUAGAGGAACAUGUACAAUAAUUGUGACGGGAUUCAAUAAGAAAUAAAUAAAUGCGUUUUGAAAUUUUUGAACAUUGUA